UGUCCCCAGCACCUGCUGAGGGCUGCUCCAGGGAGAGACUCAAGACCAACCAUUGUGCUAAGAGACACACCAUGAAGCUCCUCACAGGCCUGCUUCUCUGCUCCUUGGUCCUGGGAGUCAGCAGCCAACCCUGGAUCGACUUCGUGGAUCAGGCUGUGAGAGGGUCCUGGGACAUGUGGAGAGCCUACUCUGACAUGAGAGAAGCCAAUUUCAUCAAUUCUGACAAGUACUUCCACGCUCGGGGGAACUAUGACGCUGCCCGAAGAGGCCCUGGAGGAGUCUGGGCUGCUGAAGUGCUCAGUGAUGCCCGAGAAAAUUUGCAGCAAUUCCUGGGCCGUGGGGCAGAGGACACAGAGGCCGACCAGUUUGCCAACCGCUGGGGCCGCAGCGGCAAAGACCCCAAUCACUUCCGACCCAAGGGACUGCCUGACAAGUACUGAGCAACCUGCUGUUAGCCCCAUUGGCCCCAUUGACCCAGGACCUAGAGUGUUGAUUUCAACACUGUGUUGUGUCAAGGAGCUGGUGGAAGGAACAU